AUCGCGCUCUUGAACCAAAACCACAUCGUCGCCAUGUCGUCCAAUGUAACAAGCCCGUCUGGCAACAAGAAUAAAUCUAGCCACGCCAACGCGUCACCAUCGAGCAAAGGCAAAGCAAAGGCGAAAGUUGAUCAUCCCAUGGACGAAGACGAAGAGGAGGAAGAGGAAGAAGAGCAAGGCGGCUCGGACGAAGAAGAGGAUGAUGAUGAGGACGAAGACGCUCUCGAAGAGAUAGACCCAUCGGUCAUCCUUCCGCAGGGCCGGCGCACUCGUGGUGUUAGGGUCGACUACACCUCCAAAGAGGCCCUCGCCAAAGCCGGGUUCAAGGGAAAAGAGGAGCUCGAGGAAGAUGAUACUGAAGACGAUCACGAUGUUCAGAUGAAAGAUUAACAGAGCCAACGUGGCUUGCUAACUGUGAGAGAGAAGGUUGUAUAAAAUCGCUUAUUAUCCCCCCGUGUUUUCUUUAGUGUUGUGUGUUGCUGCGAAUUCUUGUAUCGAUGCGAUGGCCUUGCCGUUACUGAAUUUCAUUAUGAACUGGGAUA